GGAGAGGUCACGUGACAAGAGGGUCAGCCAUAUUUGUGGUGUAACAAAAACAAGUGCAUCGCUGUGUCAACCGGAAUUUUAGCUGCAGUUUUUCCCGGUAAAAAAUGGUGUUUUUCGAGACUUGUGGACCCAACGAGGCUAUGGUGGUCUCAGGGAUGUGUCAUACGAGGCCAGCUCUGGUCACAGGUGGUCGGAUUUUUGUCUGGCCUAUUUGCCAGAAGUUACAGAAGAUAUCUUUAAACACAAUGACCCUCAAUGUUGAAUCACCAAAAGUUUACACCAGACAUGGAGUACCUAUAUCAGUUACUGGGAUUGCACAGAUCAAGAUUCAAGGACAGAACCAAGAGAUGCUUCAUGCGGCAUGUCAGCAGUUCCUUGGCAAGUCUACAGAACAAAUGAGACACAUUGCUUUGGAGACACUUGAGGGUCAUCAGCGUGCUAUUAUGGGCACAAUGACAGUUGAGGAAAUCUACAGAGAUCGUAAAAAGUUCUCAAAGAGUGUGUUUGAGGUUGCCUCAUCAGAUCUUGUGAACAUGGGAAUCAGCAUCGUCAGUUACACAAUCAAGGACAUCCGGGAUGAUGAGGGUUAUCUCCAUGCUCUAGGUAUGGCUAGAACUGCUCAGGUCAAGAGAGAUGCUCGUAUUGGUGAAGCUGAGGCUCACAGAGACUCAGGAACAAAGGAAGCACUUGCUGAAGAAGCAAAAAUGAAGGCAAAAUAUGAGAAUGAUACUGAGAUUGCCAAAGCUAAGAGAGACUUUGAGUUGAAGAAAGCUGGUUAUGAUAUUGAAGUCCAAACAAAGAGCGCCCAAUCCCAGCUUGCUUAUAAUCUUCAAGCUGCUAUAACCAAACAGAAGAUCCAAGAGGAGGACAUGCAAAUUAAAGUUAUUGAGAGAGGCCAACAAAUUAAAGUUCAGGAACAGGAAAUUUCUCGACGUGAGAGAGAACUAGAGGCCACUAUCAGACAACCAGCUGAAGCUGAGAAGUACAGGCUUGAAAAAAUUGCUGAAGCUAACAAAAAUCGUAUUGUUCUUGAAGCAGAAGCUAAUGCCGAGGCUAUCAAGAUGAAAGGAGAAGCAGAAGCCUUUGCUAUUGAAGCCAAGGCUAAAGCAGAAGCAGAACAGAUGGCAAAGAAGGCUGAUGCUUGGAAAGAAUACCGUGAAGCAGCCAUUGUUGACAUGGUCUURGAGACGAUGCCUAAGAUUGCUGCUGAGAUUGCUGCUCCCAUCUCACAUUGUAACAAGAUCACCAUGGUUUCCAAUGGGAAGGGAGAAAUUGGUGCUAGCAAACUAACUGGUGAAAUCUUGGAUAUUGUUGCCAGGUUACCUAAGGCGGUAGAAAGCCUUACUGGGAUUGACAUCAGCAAGGCAAUGAUGCUAGGAAACCGUGUAUAAUAUUGCUUCUCUCAAAUCUCUUAAUUAUAACAAUAUUCAUAAAAUCUUAAUCGUUUUCAGAAAAUAUAACUGCACAUGUCACAUGACUUCUAGAUGUAUCCUUAGACUGAUUGCAUAUUCCAUGCUGUGAUACACGAUUUAUUGAAUACGAUUGCUUCUCGUCAUUCGUCAAAAAUCGUACAUUACAAAAGUUGUGUAUAACUGUGUAAUCUUAUAGAAAAAAUCAAUAGAUCUCUUGCAACACGUCGGAAUGCAGCUCAAUUUGGAGGACAUGACAAUAGAUUUCCAAUUCUCUGGAGAUUGAAAUUCUUUUGUUUUGUCCUCCAAAUUGAGCUGCUUUAACUUCGCCUGCAAGGGGUCUAUAGAGGUUUUGAUCGUUUUCACAUAAGUUUUACAACAUUUUUUAUCAGCCAAAAUUCCUAAAAUAACUGUUAAAAAAUAAUUAAGACCUUUAUUUACAUCGUGAUACGGGGAUUCGUUGCCGAGUCUCCGUACCUAAAGCUAUCGUUUGCAUUGGCGAGUAAAGCUUGCUGUAUAGGCAAAAGCCUCCGAGAAAAGGGGCUUUAGAAUAGUGAAAUAUGACGAAGACGAUUCUCUCGUAGCUUUUAUUGCCCAUAGAUAUUAUACCAACGUAUCUUAUCCAUAUGUAACAUUUGCAGACUGUGCACAGAAGCGAGUUUCUCAGUGGGUCAGUACUAAAUGGUAAAUAAUCAGUUGAGAAUGAUUUAUGGAAAGCUUUUUUUCUCACCAUCAGUUAAACUAAUGUAGACACGACUAUGGUCACUGGAGGAGUUUGUAAAUUCUAUUGCGAAAGUUGAAUUAAAGUCGUGUGGCUGUAUUACGUAAA